AUGUCGCAAGAUCUUCAGCCUUUCAGGCCAGUACCUAAGUUUCUCUGUGUUAAACUCAUCAUCUUUGCUUCUUAUUGGCAAGGGUUCUUUCUCUCUAUCUUAGUUUGGCUGGGUGUGAUCCAUGAUGUUGGCUAUUAUACCCCGGACAAUAUCGCACGUGCAAUCCAAGAUGUCCUUAUUUGCUUUGAGCUUCCUGGAUUUGCCAUAGCACAUUGGUAUGCUUUUUCAUGGAAGGAUUAUGCAGACCGCUCCAUUUCAGCUGCCCGACUACCUGUUUAUUAUGCAUUCCGCGAUGCCUUCGGUAUUCGUGAUCUUAUCGAAGACACAAAGCAGACAUUUGCUGGCAAAGGCUACGAAUAUCGAUUAUUCGACCCUAGUGAUAAUGUCAUUGCGCACCCGGAAUCUGGUGCCAGAGUCGCAAGAAUGAUGGACGGGUUGAGAUACGAAAGAGGGGGCAAGGGCAAAUACUGGAUCCCCAAACCAACUUCCAGGACUGGGCUGUUAAAUAGCCCUGGUCCAAGUGGGAGAGAAAGUCCAAUGAGUCCUGGAGAAGCAGAACGGGGGCCGAAUAGAUGGAGAGGCGCUGAUUAUGGGGCAAUGGAAGAGGUUGAAAUUGAUGAGGAUGAUGAGAAACUUUACAGCCACGCGAGGGCGUUGGAAUAUGGAGAUUAUAACUAUCCUGUUAUCACCGCGCAUGAGCCCUGGAGAAACCAUCGUUGCAGCCAUAACGGGCCGACAAUGCCCACAACUGCCACUAACCAGGCCCUCCUCCGCCCCAAGCUGACUAAAAAGACCAAGUCCGCUAUCAAAGGCAAGGGCAAAGCUAAAGAGAACGAGGAGGAUAAAAAGCCACUUUUGCACCGCAACAAAUCCUCAUCUUCAUCAGCUGUCUCAUCCCGCAGUGACCUUGUCGACCUUAUCGUUGAAGACACUGAAGCAGAAGAAAUUGAACGUGUCCGCGCACGCAAAGAGGGUGGCCCGGGAUGGAAUGAGGCUGAGACGAAGAGAUUCGUUAGGACGUAUCCGGAUGAGCAUUACGGCGAAGAAACACGACAAGGGUUUGAUCCUUCAGCAGAUACGAGCAUGGCUGGGAUCGCGAAGGGUGAAGAAUCCGAACGAGGCAGAAUUACUCCAGAGAGACACGCUAGUGUCGAUGGCCAAUUUGAAGUAGGGGAUGAUGAGACCGAGACGGAAGAUGAAGGUAGAAAUGGCGGAGUGCACAUCAACGGCGAUUCGGGAGUUUGGGAAGAUUCGCAUGGACGGAGCGGAACAAUUGAGCGUGAAACCAGCUAUGGGAGCUUGAACGAGGAAAGAAAUAUUUGGGGAAGGCCAGAGUAA